AUGACAGUAACAUUCAACCUAUUACAUACAACAUUGAUAAUCAAUGUUUUGUCUAUUGUAAUUGCUAGAACCACUCUCACUAAAGCAUUCUCAACCUUUCAAAAAUUAUCUUUUAAAAAAUCAAUCUUAGAAAUUAAUAAUAAUAAUAAUAGUUGUAAUAAUAAUAAUAAUAAUAAUAAUAAUAAUAAUAAUAAUAAUAAUAAUAAUAAUAAUAAUAAUAAUAAUAAUAAUAAUUGUAAUAGUAGUAGUAGUAGUUGUAAUAAUAAUAAUAAUAUCGAUAAUAGUAAUAGUACAAAUAGAAAAUUACCAAAUUAUAUUAUUUAUAAUAUUAUAUCUAUGGUUUGGAGUUUAAGAGAUCGUUGUACUUGUAUUUAUGAUACAAAUGUAUUAGAGAGAAAUCAAUUGAUGAUUAGGAUUGAUGAAUCAUUUAUUGAAUCAUUCCAUGCAAUCAAGAAUCAAUUUGGUCAAGAAGUGUAUACCCAAAAACCAGCUGAUACUUGCAUGUUAAAGAAUAACAUUCGAUCCAUCUCUUCAGCUCAUUAUGAAGCCAGUCACAUUGUUUACCAAAGAGGAGAGAUUGGCAAUCACCAAGAUCAAUUAGAUGCUCUCAACUACCCACCCACUGCCAUAGUUGGUAGACUCGCACAUUUAACCAAACUGGAUAUACGUAGUGUUCGAACAGGUCGCACAACCAUGGAACAGAAUCAACUUGCCAAGGUACUAAAAGGUAAACCAAUCACCAAACUCUACUACCACCAGAGUAUGACAAGUUCAUACCUCGAACUUUCAGAUGAUGUCAAACAAUCACUACGAUGCAUUUUAAUCGACCCCAAACAAUCUAAUAUUCUCGAUCAUUUUCCAAAUGUCACUCAACUUCACCUUCAUCCAGAGUACUCUGCAGAGUAUAAAGAAGAAUUCAAGUUUCCAGACAGAGUCAAAAAGAUAACAUGCUCCAACUUUGAAAGUGCAAGACAACUUGUCAAACUCAACACUUGUCUUGACACUUUUAAAUAUUAUCACAAGGAUGGAUACAAUAUCCUUCUUUUCCUAAAUGAACUUUCAAAAGAUUAG